AUGCCGCCUGUAGGAUUCAGAAAGAUUGCCGACAUGAGUCGGUCGAGUAGCAUCUAUUCCGACCAAUCGAGCCAACCUGAGCAGAAGCCACCACAACCGGACCACCUCAAUGCCUCCACCAAUGGGUCAACAAACGGCAACGAAAGCAGAGCCGCCAGCUUCACCCCGUCCUUCAUGUCCGCUCAUGCUUCCAAAAGCUCCGAAACGCUCUCCCAUGGACGACUCCCGAGCAAUCCCAUCACGAUUCCCCAGAAGCCUCCACGAAGACCUGUAGGCGCCAAUGCUGAGCAGGUAUCGCCUCGGCCUAGUCCAGGCGCGCUUCUCAUAUUGACAUCUGGAGCGCUCCAUCCUUCUACGCUUUUCUACCUCGAAAUGCUUUUGCGCAGGCAGAACCUGUCCUCGAUCGCGUUCACCGCGAGCAAUGCACAAGAGUCGGCCUUGAAGCAAUUGAAGAUGGACGUAUAUGCUUUGCUUGGUAAAAUGGGGAAAGAAGUCGGAGUCACGAUACACACGAAGGCCGAAUGGACUCAGGCAGAGAUUGAGUCGGUGGUACAAGAAGCUACAAAGAGCGGCACAGCACUGCAGGGAAUAAUGUGCAGUCUGGAGCUUGACGAAGAUGGUACUGCAGCUGCAGAUUUCCUGGCGCUCGAGACCGACCAGUUACAGCAUUCUUGGAAGCAGAGUGUGGCCUUUCUCCAUGCUGCUACCAGAGCUACUGUGCCACAAUUGCUGUCUCGAUGCCAACCCGGCAAUCGCUCAGCGAACGGAAUCUCUUCCAGGACCCCACAAGGUCCUUUUUUCCUUGUAACAGGAUUCACACCCUACACAUCAGCUUCUCACAUUGUCAGGUCGGCUUGCGAUUCGCUCAUCCUACAGCUGGAGAGGUCCACCAAAGCGAAGGGUCUGACGGUUGGCUAUGCUGAGGAAAUGCUAAUACCAGAGCCAGUACCGGAGGCGCCAAAAGUGGCAGAUCAGGAUCAAUUCUCGGUAUCAGAUAGACAGUCUAUACCGCUAGAGGACCAGAUCUUCACACCCUCUGAGAGCCCGACAAAGCUUUGGAAUAUGUGGGCACUGCAGAACGAUAUUGGCUACGUGGAAGAUUGA